AGUUUGAAGUUUAAAUCUCAGAAAAACAGUUAAAGUAAUCUAUACCUUAUUUCGUUUUUGGUUUUGACAUCUAUUGCCCCCUUUUUCUUGCAGUUUGUUAAUGUGCUUCUGGAUUUUUGGUUUUUGCAUAUGUAUAUUCCAAACUGAAUGGGAUGAGUUUAAACAUGUUAUUUAUUUUAAUUUAUUUUGCAUUAUUACCACCACUGGUUGCUGCUUCAGCGCGCUUUUGGUUUAGAUUUUGAACUGUUUUUAUUUAUUUUUGUUAUGUACAGGAUGUCUGAGUACCAUGUUUUAGAACUUCUAGCAGGGGUAGGGUGCACCCCUAGUGAUUCGGAAUUCUAUAGCAGUGCAGGGUCAGAAAUGCUUUCCUGACGCGUUGAUGUAUACAGAAACAUCAGAAAUUAAAAGAUGCCAUACGAUGACAAGAUUAUUCCUAUGUUUUUGGGUUCUCAUGCCUGCUAUGAUGCAAUGCCCAAAAGUGGCAAAGUUAUUUUGCUUUCUACAGAUCUUUUGGUAAAAAAUGCCUUCAGCUGCCUGGUGACGAAUGAAAUCAGAGCAGCUCCAUUAUGGGACAGCACGUCUCGAUCCUUUGUAGGAAUGCUCACAAUCUCAGAUUUCAUAAAUGUCUUAAGGCAUUAUUAUUAUUCUUCACGUGAGGAUAUAAAAGAUAUUGAAAAUCAAAAAAUUUUAACUUGGAGGAAAAUAACUCAAGUAGAAAAGCCUUUCAUGAAAAUUGGACCCAAUGAAAGUCUUGCUCAGGCAACAAAGUUACUAAUUCAUGAAGGGGUCCAUAGGCUUCCAGUUUAUGAAGAAAGGAGAAACAGUGUUCUUUUCAUAAUAACACGCCGAAGGCUGCUGCAGUAUUUAUAUAACAAUUUAAUUGAUAAAUUUGGGAAAACCAAUGCAAAGACUCCAUUAUUUUUCAAGAAAACUAUUGGGGAACUCAAACUUGGAACUUUGGAAAAUAUUGCAAAGAUAACACUGAGGUCCAAUGUUAUUGAAGCUUUAGAUCUCUUUGUGGAAAGAAAUGUAUCUGCUUUACCUGUAGUGGAUGAUGAUGGUUUAUUAGUCGAUAUUUUUGCCAAAUUUGAUGUUUUUGCUUUGGCAAAAGAACAGACGUACCAUAAUCUUGAUAUGAAUAUAUCAGAAGCACUUGAUAAAGCAAGUGUGCAUGAAGAUGGAUAUGUUUGCACGCUUGAUGAAACACUAGGAGCUGUGAUAGAAAGAUUUUUUGUUCUUAAGGUUCAUCGUUUAGUUGUGGUUGAUGGGAAGCAUACAGUCAUUGGCAUGCUUUCAUUAUCGGAUAUUCUUAAAUUCCUUGUGCUACAACCUCUAGCUGGCUUAGGAGAUACAGAUUUAGCAGUGUCCGACACAAUCGAAGAAACACCAGAAGGUGCUGUUGGUGGUGCAGAUUCAGAUACUAGUGUUUUCUUUGGUGCCGAAAAGGAAGAAAAUUCAUCUGAUUUAGCCAAAGAUUUAAUUAAAUUACAAAUAAGUGACGAUGCAGAUGCACCAGCCAGUGAGGAUCCUCAUGAAUAAUAUCUUGCAAAUUGUCAAGAUGUAACCAUGUACCUGAAACUUUUUUAAUAUUCUAGUCUAUUGUACAAAAAGAUUUCUGGCUUUGUGCAGGAGGUUUACUUAAGCUAAAUGUAGGUUUUCAAUGGCCUAAAUUAUAAGACUACCCUUGAACUGUGUUAUGCCACCAGUUUUGUAUUAUUAUCAAAAAACAAAACAGUCAGGUUAGUGAGUGUUUUCUGUAAAUAUUGCCAAAAAUAUUAAGACUGCUUUUAAACCUCUGCAUAAAUGGAAAUUAUUUGUUUUGUGAGCACAUAAAAAAGUUCAUUUUUGCUUUUAAGUUAAUAUGGUAAGUCUGAAAUAUGGCUGUGUAUUUAACUGCAUCACUUGAUGACAGUAUUUUAUGGCUGGAAGAAAUAAGGCAGUGCAUUCAAAAUUUGCAUUUUUCAAACUGAAGAGCAGUAAACAAAUACCUUCCAGAUUUAUUUUACUUCAUCAAAAUGCCAAGCAUUUUGAAUAUUUCCAUCCUUUCUGAAGUUGCUGCAAUGAUACUACUUCAAGUGUUUUAAGGCUGAUUACUAUUACAAGCAGGUUCUUGCAGUCUGUAGUAAUACUGCUGAAGAAAAUGACAUAUCUGCAGUCUCACAAGUGAUGGAUCAUUCUGGACAAUGAGCUCUUAAUUGAAUACAUGAUUGCAAAUGCUUAGGUUGCGACUGAAAUUUAUUGCUACAUUUUUUCAGUGUUAUUUUAGCUGAUGAUAAUAGCUCAGGAUUGUUAACUGUUAUUUGAAAUAUACAUUAUGAAGCAUACCAUGUCCUUCUACAGUAUACAUCACAUUUAUUUAAAAUUGUAGCCAUAUUUCUGACUCACCUUGUAUGUUCCUCUGGAGGAAAAUCUAUCUCUGUCUCUAUAUAUCUAUGGACUAUUUGUUUUAAAUCAUGAUAUGCACUGCUUAUUAAAAAUUGUGUAAGUUUCUUUUAAAUGCCAAAUAUAUUAUUUUUCAAAUUAACUAUAUUCAAGUUCUUUUCCUUUUCUUAUUUGUAAUUUAAAAUUGUAAUGUACUUACAUCGCCAUCUAAAAAUGGAAAGAAAUUAUUCUCAAGUAAAGGGUCUUUCAAAAAGAAUAUGAUAUUUAAAUUAAAUAAAAUAAAAGCUAUUUCAAGUACAACCAAACUUUUUGUAUUGGUUUGAAAUGCAUUAUGUUCUGAAUAAAACAUUAUUGAAGUAUCCUGCUCAACUUGGUGCACAUGAGUGAAUUUAACGAACCCAGUUUUUGAUGACUAAAUGCAAUAACUCCAGUCUAAUGUCACGAAUACAACGUUCAGUGCUUGUUCUUAAUGUUUCAAGGGUUUGUGAGUUUUUUUGCAUAGACGGUAGAUUCGAAAUAAAUGUACAAAAAGUAAUCUAAAGGCAUUAAAUCACAACUUCUGGAAGACCAAGUAAUAAUGGCAUUUUUGAAAUUAUCCUUUGACUAAACUGUUUUGGCAAUACAUUGAGAGCUGAAUUAGCAGUGUGACACGGGGCACCAUAAUAUUGGAACCACAUGUCCUCCAAAUUUGGCCACAAAAAAUUCAUCUUCAUUCAGUAUCACUCAUCAGUCACUGUAACUACAUCUCCUUUCUUGUUCUGAGGAGGGGAAAAAAAAAAAAAAAAAAACUAGGUGACCUUUCCCGAAUGCUAGGGCAUCUGGCGGAUCUCUUGUGCAUUGUUUUCAUACUAAAAAAGACAAUUUUGUUUGUUAACAUAUCUAUUCAAGUAGAGAUGUGCUGAGAAGAUAAUUUUUUGCCCCAAAUUAACAUUCUUAAAGCAGGUAUUUAGCCAUGGUGAAUUGUCAAAGUAUAUUAAGCACAAAAAUUAGUGACAGUGAUAACAUUUUAAACGUAGUUUCUAUUUCGUUUUAAUACCAUAUUCUUAUUGAUGUAUCUUUUGUAAACAUUCUUUUCAGUGUUUUCAACUGUGAAGUUUUUGAUGAUAUAGUUUCUGAAUAAUCUAAUAUUUGCACCUUUGUAUUGCUAAAUUAUUCAGAUAAACCUUUGAAAUACUGGAGAAUGCUUACUGAACUAAAUAUAUUUAGUAAAGAAUGACACUGAACCAGUGCAAGUCAGCUGUAAUCAUAAUAGACUUUAUUUUCUAUUGAUUAAAAAUAGAUCUAUGGAGAAUUUAAAUAUUAUUCAUAUGAAUGUUUCCUGCCAAGAUCAUGAUCAUUCUCACAGUGAACUGUCAUUAGAUAUAUUGUAGAUACAUACCUGUUUUUGCUGAAGUAUUGAAUAAAACUAUCUUGGCUGUUUUAGAAUGCUACACUUUCAGAUAUUCAGAUAACAAAUUCAUGGAGAAUCUAAUUGUGAUAUUGGAAAUUUAGCUUCUUUAUAAUAAAUUUUUCUGUGAGUAUUAUAAUGUGGAACAUACAUCUGUGAAAAGGGUCAUUGGUGACAAUGUCACUAUUUUUCUAAUCAAUUUGUGAAAUGUCUUAAAAUGAGAUUUUUAUUAUAUUAAAACUUACAAUUUUUAUAGAUAAUUUUACUCUCAAAUUAUUUUUAACUUAUUUUUCAUUUUAAUGUUAAGGAAUUUUUCAUAACUUUGUGAUUUGUUUGCCAUUUGAGUAAAUUUUUAUUAAAUCUUGAAUUUGAUUAUCUUUCUUUUUGAUGAGCUUUUUAUUAAUUUUAAACCUCAAUAAAAAACAUAUUUUGAUAUCAAAUGGCAUUAAGAAACCAUAUGUACUGGAAUCCUUAAACUUGUUUCUUGCUUCUGUGAUAUUUAAAAACUGUGCAUAAAGUAUGCACAGUUGGUGAAUAGGAAAAAUCAUUUAUGAAGAAGAUUUACAUGUAUGUAUGCUUGAUUCAGUAAGUUAAAGCCAGCUGCUAUUGGCGUGUUGAAUAAAUUCUCGCUGUUUUUUCAUGAAAAUUAGUGCUUUAUUUCAACAAAAAAAAUCAGCAAAAAACAUGUCGCUGGAAGUAUUAUCAAUCCAUAGCCAUUACUUUUUUCCAUCUUUGUGGCAGCAUUUAAAUUCCACAUUGGAAAAACAACACGUCUUUUGAGGCUAUCAAAGAAUCUUUAGGAUCCUUCAGGAAUACAGUUUUUGGCAUCUUCGUAAAAAGGAAAUGCUGGUGAACCAGACCAUGUGCCAUCGAUUGGAAUAAGGGAUAAUCAGAAAGGGCAGUGUGUAGUGAAUAUGGUAAACUUAAUAUUUAAAUGUUUCCGAGUAGGUUUUCACUCGUUUUGCAACAUGCGGCUGAGCAUUGUCAUACUGUAAAAUCACUAUUUUGUACCUCUUCUCAUACAGUGACCAUUUUUCCUUCGGUGCUCAGCUCAAACGCAUCAUUUGUAAUCAAUAGCAAUCUCCGAUGAUAGUUCGUUUGGUUUAAGCAGCUCAUAAUGAACUGCACCCAGCUAAUCGUCAUAUGCAGAGCAGAAGCUAGGAACUAUGGAUAUUCGAUUCUGCCGAUGAUGUUGAUGCAUGACUGGGCUUACUACAUGAUUUUCUAUGUUUAGGGUUAUCAUAGUACAUAUCCAUUUGUCAUCACCAAUCAUGAUCUGAAGGAAAAAAAAAGAAAAAAAAAAAAAAAAAAAAAAAAAACCUUUCCUUUUCUGCUGUUGAAGCAGCUGUUCACAUGUGAAAAGAUGCUGUUUAACUGGUAUAGCACCCAAUGACAUUCCUAAUGCUUUCAAGCAUUUCCAAACUGUUGUGUGAUCAGUUUCUAAUGAUUCUGCAAGUUCAGCUAGGAUCUGAUAUGAGUCUUAAUGAAAUAAUGCCUCCAGUUCUUCAUCUACAAACUUUUUUUUUUUUUUUUUCCCUCUCUCUAUCUUCAGCUUCAAAAUGAUUAUUUUUUUAACCAUCUAAACCAGUAUCUGCGUAUUGUUUCCAAAAAAGCAUGGUUGCCUCAAAGUCUCAACAAGAAUUCUGUGUACUUAAGCUGCAGAUUUUUUUUAAUAAAGUGGUGCAAUAAAACUCUCCACAAGCACCUUUUUUUUUUUUUUUUUUUUUUUUUUUUUUUUUUUUGAGGGGGCAUGAAAUUUGACAUAUUUAACAAACAAACAAAAAAAAAGUGUUUACACUUCUGCAAAAUGACAUGCAUUAAAUUUCAAGCUUCCAUAUAGAUGCGUCUUCAUCUUAAACUAUGUGCACACACUUCUGAUAACACCAUUUGUUGGAAAACAGUGAGAAAUUUAUUUUAACCUCCCCUAAAACAAUAUUUGAAUAUCAAAUCAGGCUUGUCAAAUUACCUUCAUGUAUUUCCUAAAAUGUACAUAUGUGAUGCAGUUGCAAGUUACUUGAUUCUUUAGGGCAGAUUGUGAUUAUAUUAUUUGCAUAGCAAUUUUAAAUGUUAAAGAUAUAUAGCUACUGUUGAAUCAAAUUUCAAACCACUGGGUAAUGGGAUAAGAGGACCAACAACUGGCACAGUAAAUUAGCCUCCUGCUACAGUUAGUUACUGUUAGUACAGUUAAAAGGUUGUUCAUUUCCAUGGUCAUAGUUCUUAGCUUUGAUCUUCUACUUGUAAAAGACUGAAGCUGUCUUUGUGGCAGAUUUAAAGUUAUUCCAAUCAUACGCAUGUUAAGACUAUAAUAUGAAAUUUCCUUUAUUUGUUUUUGAUGUUGUACUUAAAAUUUUAACUAUAUCUGUUUGACACAAAAUCCUCAGGGUCCAAAACCUAUCACAAGCUUAUUUUUUAAAUUUUAAUUCAAAAAUUAGAUACCAAGUAUCUUUAAUCAGCUUUCUCUUUUUUUUUUUUAAACUUCAGUGCCUACCAAUCAUUGACCAUCAUUGAAUGCUGGUGCUGUUUGAUUUCCUUCCAACUCUCAUACUCUGAACUCUGUGACUCUGAAAUAUAUAUUUGUGGUUUGCAGAGAUCAGGUUUCAUUAUUAUAUUUUCCUUCUCUGAAUAUUUUAGCAUUUAUUAAGAAAGCACAACGGUGACUAUUGUUGUGCAGUUACUAGCAGAGAUGAAGUACCUUAUUCUGAAGUGGAUUUUUUAUUGUUUUUUCUGAAUGUUAUACUCACAGUACAUCUUUUUAUGUUAAACUUAAGGAAUACAUUUUUUAAAUAAUUGCCACAAUAGUGCCUGAUUAGAAUAAGGAGUACUUUAUAACUCAGUAUAUAUUUUGAAAGUAUGGUUUGGUCUAGGUAUAAUGGGCACAGUAUAAAACUGUUUUUUUUUUUUUUUCUUUUGAUGUUUUAAUCACUGAAAUAUAUGCUUAUAAUAGUAACUGUAAAAUAUGAAAGCUUAAAUCUACUUUAUUUAAUACUAUUAGUUAUUACCUCUAAACAUAUUAAUAGACUUGUUUGCUAAUAUUUAAAAUUAAUUCUUAAAUAGAAAUAAAAUGUGAACUCAUUAAUUUAGGACAAUAUGUAUAUUCAUGUAUGUCUGUUCAAUAGCGGUGUGGUUAACUAAUGAGUUAUCCUAUUGAAUUUAUUUUUGAAAAGUUAACCUUUUACAUGUUUAACAAUUUCUUAUUUUCUUUCAUAUUGAAAGUUUUAUGUUUGCAUUUGGUAACCAUUCAAAGUAUUGUAUGUUUGUUUUUUUUCCUUUAUAAGGUUCACUUGUAAUUACUACAUUUUUAUCUUGAACUUAAUCUUAAGAAUUGCAUAUUUCAUUUUCCACAAUUGUGCUCAACUUAUUUUAAAACCUUUUAAACAGCUUUAUUAUAUUCUAAUCUAAAUACUUUAAAUCUAGGACCAGUCAAGCUUGUAUCAAAUGACACAGAUUUUGAUUUAGUACAAGUAUGUUUUAAAAUUUCUGGAUGUUGAAAUAUAAUUUAUCAGUUAGAUCGUAGAGAUAUUUACAAAUUGUCAUUGGGUGAUGUUAAAAAGCAUAGUAAAAAUAUACCUUGUUUUGCUAUGAAACUAGAAUUUUAAUCUCUGCUGCAUCUUUUUUAUAUUGGAGCUUUUAUUUUCUCGUUUUGAUGUUUAAUGACGAUGUAUAACAUUUAGAUAUUUUGUUAUACUGUGUAAUGUCUUGUAUAAAUGAAUGAAUGCUAGUUUAAAGAUAUUGGAUUAGUUAUUACCAAAUAAAUGUAACAUAUUUCUUGUACCAACCUUAGUUUAUAAGUAUUUAUGUAAACUUGCCUAUUAUUUUCAUCAGUAAUCACACUUUUUUAACUAAGAAAAUUUUAAGCAAGUUUCCGGAGGUGAUGUAUCAUAUAUAUUAUACAUAUAUCUCUAGUGAAAAAAAGUGUAGACUUUUAUAGUGGAUAUUAGGCUGUACAGAGAGACUAAUACAUAGCCUAUUUAUCUUAUUUGCUAUGCAAUGAACCGUACCAUUUACUGUACCAACCGUACCAUAGCUGUUGAAGAAAAUUGUUAAAUUUAUGUAAAUAAUCUUUUGGUGUGCUUGUUGUCGGUAUUGCGAAGGAAAGGCAAGAAGAAUAUGAUGGGCUGUGUAAAUGACACAUGUAAUAUAUAACUGUGCAAUUCAUUUAGGAAUAUAUGUAAAAAAUCUGAACUUUUGUACAGUUAGUGUUUUCAGCAUUGCUUAUUCUGUAAAUAUUUUGAAAAUGCAAUUUAUUUUUGAGAGCGUUUUUUAGCCAAGAGAGGUUGUUACUGUAGAUACAUUUGUACAAUGAUGAAAUAUUGAUUUGCCUUCUUCAUAAUAUUUUAAAUGUUGAGAUUUGUAUUGGAUAAUUACUGUGUUUAGUUUUCAGUAAUCCUAUGAGUGUUCAAUGAUUAAUAAAUGUGUUUUUUCUUGA